AUGGAUCCCAAGCCAGAAGUCAAAGUACCCGUGCGGUUGAGCACCCGCGAUCCGUCUAUCCAGCUUGCGCAAGAACCAGGGCCUCUCCUUGUACAGACCACUCUCAAGCGCCCCCAGCUCUCGGCCCUUGUAAACAGCCUUCUUCGCCCCGACGACAAAGCGAUACCCUUCGACAUCCUCAUAAAUGGCCAAUUCCUACGAACCACCAUCGACGAGUUCCUCACCAAUAAUGGUAUAUCGGCUGAAACAACACUGGAUGUUGAGUACACCCGCGCCCUCGUUCCACCGCUCAACGUAACAAGCUUUGAGCACGACGACUGGGUAUCUGCGGUCGACGUUCUCUCCGCGUCUUCGGCGUCAGGAGUAUGGUCUGGGGGCAAUGUCCAGAGUAGACAGGAGCGGAUAUUGAGCGCGAGUUACGAUGGGCUGGUACGGGUGUGGGACAUGUCAGGCAACGUGCUCGCAACGUCAGAAGCACCGAACAAUGGUGGACGGAUAACCAGCUUGAAGAGCGCGAAAUGGAUAUCGGACAAAAAGAUUGUGGCAGCAGGCAUGGACAACGUUGUACGCAUGUACAAGUACGAUGAAGAUACAAGGACCAUUACACCGAGCGUGGAGCUCUUCAGCCACCGCUGGGGAGUCGAAGACGUUGCCGUUCACGGACCCUCGAACCGCAUCCUUUCCGCUUCUGCGGACACUACGAUCUCCGUUUUCUCCUCGAAUGCAAAGGAGAACCCAUCUCCUCCUACAGAACUCCUACCGUCUUCUAAUGCGGCCUCAAACAAGCGACAAAAACUAUCGAAACCUGACAAGACUGUCUCUGCGCGUGGCCCCCUGAUCAAACUCUCUGGUCAUGCAUCGCCCGUCUCCAGUGUUGUCUUCAAGCCCGACGACGCGACCGUUGCCUACUCGGCAUCGCAUGAUCACAGCCUGAAGACAUGGGAUCUACCGACUUCUACAUGCGUGGACACACGAUCAACUGGCCACUCACUUCUUUCCCUCGGCGCGCUACCCAAGCUCAAUCUCCUUGCAACAGGAACAUCAGCACGGCACAUCACCCUCAUUGACCCUCGCGCUUCAGCCACACAAAUCAGCGUGAUGACACUCAGGGGCCACAAGAACGCGGUCGUCUCGCUCGACGUUGAUCCGACCUCGGACUACAGCCUGCUGUCUGGCUCACACGACGGUACUGUGCAGAUUUGGGAUGUGCGCAGUGUACGACAAUCGGAAGUACAGGGUGAAGGCCAAGUUGGUGAGAGCAUGUAUACCAUAUACAGGGACAGCGCGAAAGGGCGUCCGUCGCAUAGUCAUGGGGAAGAUGUCAAGGUGUUUGGUGUGCGGUGGGACAAGGAAGUGGGUAUCGUCAGUGUGGGCGAAGAUAAGAAGGUGCAGAUAAAUAGGCCAGUGGGCUCUUGA